AUGCUAUUCCAGAGCCAACUCGAUCCCCUCCCCCGCGACCUGCCUUUUCGCAUCGUAUCAAAAACGAUUGGGAGAGGGGCAUAUGCAUCAAUAAAAAAAGCCAUUCCUCCGACGAGUACAACGCCCGUUUUCGCAGUCAAGUUCAUCCACAAAGCCUACGCCGUCAAAAAUGGCCGCAUCACGGCAAAACAAAUCGCCAUGGAGGUAUCCCUCCACUCGCAUAUCGGCCAGCAUCCCAAUAUCAUAGAAUGGUUCGCAACGGGCGAGGAUUCGGUGUGGAAAUGGAUCGCCAUGGAAUACGCGGAAGGCGGCGACCUAUUCGACAAGAUUGAGGCCGAUUUGGGUGUCCACGAGGAUAUUGCACAUCUAUACUUCACGCAGUUGGUGAGUGGGGUGAGUUAUAUGCAUUCCAAGGGCGUGGGACAUCGAGAUAUAAAACCCGAGAAUAUCCUUCUUUCGGAUGUUGGCAAUUUGAAGAUUGCAGAUUUUGGACUGGCUACGCUAUUUGAGCACAAUGGGAAGACGAAACUCAGCACGAGUGUAUGUGGUAGUCCGCCAUAUAUAGCACCGGAAGUCAUCGCCUGUUCAAGGGACACGCAAUCAAGAGGAGCGCCAAAGGGCCCAGGCUAUGCCCCGAACCUCGUUGAUAUCUGGUCUUGCGGCGUAGUACUGUUUGUCCUGCUCGUUGGGAAUACGCCCUGGGAUGAGCCAACAUCCGCAAGCUGGGAAUUCCAGGAAUAUAUCGGGAAUCGUGGUCACAGUUCUGACGAUCUCUGGCAAAAGCUACCAAGCCCAGUCCUGUCACUGCUGAGGGGCAUGAUGAAUGUAGACACCAAGCAACGCUUCAACUUCCAGCAGAUAAAAGCCCACCCAUGGUACACACGAAAGAACCCUCUUUUGACCCCCGACGGAAAAACAACAGAUCAGCUCGCCCUCGCCACGAAAAUGCUCGAGGGGCUACACAUAGACUUCAGCCAACAGCCACUAUCUUCCCAGAGACCGCACGGCCAAAGCCAAGAUUCCAAUGCUAUGGAUGUCGAUUCCGAACCUAGAUUCGCAUUCACACAACCAGAGACGCCCAUCAACGACGUACUCUACGAUUGGGAACGUCCACCACGUGUAAACGCAUCUGCUAUGUCCUCCAGCCAGCCUUCACACACCAACAGUGACAGCCACUCUAUCCAUGCCUUCGACGCUUCGACCCUCGCCGACGAACCAAGCAUGUCACAAUUUGCCCCCACGCCCUCGGUUCCCCUUAGCCUCACGCAACACGCACGCUGUUUCCGCGAUAUCGUCCCCUCAUACUCACUUACGCGUUUCUUCUCGCACCUUUCCUCCCCACUCCUACUUCAACUCCUCUCCUCCGCGCUCCAUCAACUCAACAUCCCCAUCCCUCCUGUAAGCCCUAUGAACGGCCGGGAUAACGCUGGGUGGAUCAGAGUCAAGCUGUUGGAUGGUCGACGGUGCGGGUUGAGCGGCGAUAUUAUCGUAGAUAGCUAUGUGACCGGGGAGGUCGAAUUACUAGAGGUGAGAUUUGUGAAGGUUAAGGGGGAUCCGUUGGAGUGGAGAAGGUUUUUUAAGAAUGUGGUCCUGCUGUGUAAGGAUGGGGUUUAUGUUCCCGGUGCUUCAUAG